GUUCCCGUUGGCGGAGAGAGAAAGGAGGGCGCUGUGAAUCUCUCCCGUUCCUUCCCGUGCGGCUCUUUCGUGGUGGAGGCGCUCUAGGCCCAGCAGCUGCGCCUCUAUGGCUCGGGGCGGCGCUUGUUCCUCAUAGGGAAGCCUCCGCAGCUUCCUCUCUUCCGGGGUGGGCGGGAGGCGGCUGUGAUGAUGGCGGACGGGGAAGGCGGCUUAGACCCCGAGCCCUGCGCUCCACACCUGGAGGCGGAAGGCGAGGCCGCUGGGGACAGCGAGCUGGACUCCGGGCUGCCCCUAGACGCCGACGGCUACGUCCUGUACAGGUAUGUGCGAAUGUAGUGUUUUAUAUACAUAUAUAUAUAUAUAUAUAUAUGGGGCUUACUUAUGAGUAGACGUGCAAAGGACUGCGCUCCAAAACUUAAUUAUAUAUGUGUAGGUAGAGUGAGUUUUGGAGCGCAGUCCUUUGCACGUCGACUCAUAAGUAAGCCCCAUGAAGUCCAAUGGCAUCGACCCCUAGGCAAGCGUGCUUAGGAUUGUAACCUCGGGAUGCCUCUUUUGUUAUUGUUUAGUUGUGUCCGACUCUUCGUGACCCCAUGGACCAGAGCACACCAGGCCCUCCUGUCUUCCACUGCCUCCCGCAGUUUGGUCAAACUCAUGCUGGUGGCUUCGAGAACACUUGUCUAACCAUCUCGUCCUCUGUCGUCCCCUUCUCCUUGUGCCCUCCAUCUUUCCCAACAUCAGGGUCUUUUCCAGGGAGUCUUCUCUUCUCAUGAGGUGGCCAAAGUAUUGGAGCCUCAGCUUCAGGAUCUGUCCUUCCAGUGAGCACUCAGGGCUGAUUUCCUUAAGAAUGGAGAGGUUUGAUCUUCUUGCAGUCCUUAGGACUCUCAAGAGUCUCCUCCAGCACCAGAAUUCAAAAGCAUCAAUUCUUCGGUGAUCAGCCUUCUUUAUGGUCCAGCUCUCACUUCCAUACAUCACUAGAUGCCUCUUUUAUGAAAGCCCAAAGCCCCAAACCUGCUGUUUGGUUUAUUGCUAGGUUUGUGUGUCUUUUGAGUUUGGGUGGGGUUUUUUUAGCAAGUCGGGGUGUAAAUGUCCCGAUAAAUGAAUGAAACACAUUCCCCUAAGCAAGGCUUGGGUUUUUAAAAUGAAGGAUGCCCAGGUCUGUUUGGAAAUAGCCUCGUCCACUUUCCUGGGCCUCCUUAUUCCGGAGAGGGGCUGAUCGCUGUGCUUAGCAUAGAUGGAGAGACACUCUGAAUUCCUUUUAUAAUAUCAUGAAACAUGUGGUUGAAAAUAGGGAAAUUGUGGAUGGGGUGUAGGGCAGUGGAGAAAUUGCCUUGAGGAAUCAUGCAGUGCUGCCCACAUGUGCGAACCAACCUUGGUCUUUAGGCAGUAGCUCUGAACUAUAUAUGUCCUAGUAUUUCAUACUUUCCUCCUGGUUGUCAAAUUAUGAUUAUUAUUAUUUUUACAGGGAUAGGAAGGAAUGGGCUGAUGUUGAGCCAGUACCUCAAGAUGAUGGGCCAAAUCCAGUAGUCCAGAUCAUAUAUAGUGAAAAGUGUAAGUUUCAAGUUCUUCAGUUAAAAAAUAAAAGUGGUAUGCCCACCUAACUAGAAGUGUGGCCAUAGAAAGGUGAUUCAUUCUUCAUUACUAUUGUCUUUAUGGGAAUUCAGAAGUAGAACCGACAGAGUAAGUCAAUUAGGAUGAUUCAGGUCAUGAAAUAGGGUGUGAGAUUAGAACUUCACUUGCUACUAGCACUUAGGUGGAGCUGAAGAUUGUUUACAACCCCACCCACAUAUUAGAAAGCUGUCAUUAAAGCUUCAUGUAUAUGAGAAGCUGGGAUACACAUUUAAACCUUAUUGCCCUGGGUUUCUUCAGAACAAAAUACCAUCAAUAAAGAGUUGUCAGAGUUGUUUUUAGUAGAUAAUCUAGAUGCAGAUAAAUCAGUAGCAUUAAUGCUUGUUAAUGCUGCUGUUUCAGCAAGAAAAAGCAAGCUACAUUAGGUACUUCUCUGUUUGAUACACAAACGUACCAAAAGGGUAUUUACGUUUUAGGUGCAUUUUCCAGAUUACUGUACCUUCAGUGGGUGGGGGUGGGUUUAAAACAAUAUUUCUGUAAGCUGCUAAGAGGUUUUCUUACAAUCAAGCAGUAUAUAAGUUUUGUUAAGUAAAUAAAACACAAUAAGUACAAAAAAAUAGAGAAAGAGAGGACAGGUUUCUUCCUCCUCUGAACCUUCAAUCCAAGUGUCGACAGUGGGAGUGACAAAGCAGGAGGAGGAGAGGCAAAGUUAACGACAAACGUUAACAAGUUAACUUCAGCUGAAAAUGGAAAUUAAAGGUUAAAGCCAUUUUGAAGAAGGAUUUAAAGGAAGAGGUUGGGAGGUGACCAAAGAGAGAGAGACUCAAACUGUGUUGGUUUUCUGAGAAAGAGUUCCAGGCAUAAGGGUGAACAGGCAGAGUUGAUGAAGAAAGCUGUGUGGACUGUGUGGCACAUCCCUUGCUCUUGAUCUGGAAGCCGCAGUUAGUGUAGAAUGCAGCAGAGCAAGACCCUGUCAGCAUAUAGCACCUGAGCUGGGAGACCUGCGCUGCUUGCCGGUUUGCUAGCAGGCCAAGUUCAAAGUGUUACUAUUAUUGUAGAAAGCCCUUAACAACUUGGAACCAGGUUACCUGCAAGAUGGCCUUACCCCAUAUAGACCCACUUGGCUGCUUCGAACUGCGGAACUGGCACUGUUACAGGUGUUGCAUCAUACUGAAAAUGGCUUAGGGUGCCAAGAGUUGGAGAAGGGAAGAUCACAGGCAAGGACGGGGCAGGUAAUAAGGGCAGGGAGAGGGUGGGGCAAAGCAGUGGAGAGCUCUAAAGGCCACAGGGCGUUUAUGCUGGAUAGGGAGCCAGUCUAGGGAGGCCAGGGUCUAAGCCAUCAGGGAUGUGAAUGGUUUUGCCAGUAGAAGUUUGGGAAGAGAUGAGAAGAUCUUUGUUCUUCGAGGAGGAUAAGACAAUUGAUGGUCAUGAUGGCUGGUGUACUGCCUCCAGCAAUGGCCCUGGUAUGCCUCUGAACACCAGUCGCUGGGGAAGACUGUUGUUGUGUUCAUAGCCAGCUUGAGGGAUUCCCAUAAACAUCUGUUUGGCCACUGUGAGAACAGGAUUGUGGACUAGAUGGGUAUUUCGGCUGCUUCUGACCCAGAAGGAAGGCUAGAGAGUGAUUUGACAUAAAGUGAUUUCUCUCUCUCUCUCUCUCUCUCUCUCUCUCUCUCUCUCUAGUUAAAGAUGUAUAUGAUUACUUCCGGGCUGUUCUGCAGUGUGAUGAAAGGAGCGAAAGAGCUUUCAACUUAACGGGGGAUGCCAUUGAUCUUAACGCUGCGAACUACACUGUGUGGUAUGUAGUGAUGAUGAAUCUGUCAUUUAUUGUUAGUUGGGCAUUGCUGAAUAUACAUGAAGAAAACCAGAAGUUGAGUCUGAAUUUAUUUUAUUUUUGUGUAGAAUUGCUAAUAUUUAAGUAAUUUUUAUCUGAAUAGCUUGAUUAAAAUGCAUUUUAAUCAAGAAACUAGUAGUGAAACUGCUAAAAUGCUACUUUCCCAGGCCUUGUUGCAAAAUAAGUGAGUAGACUUUUUCCUUGCAGAAAAUUAUUGCUCAUGUGAGACUUGUAUACCAUGAGACAUGACUGCCAUUAAUGCAUGGCAUUGUAACCUCGAGGUUGAGGUUGGAUUACUGUCAUGAGCUCUAAGUUUGGCUGUCUUCUUUUUUUAAAAAAAAAAAAAGUCCAGAAACUGCAGGUGAUCCAAAAUGUAAUGGCUAGACUCUCUUCUGGAAGAAGCUGGGGGAGAACCAUGCAAUAUCUGUCCUUCAACAGCCAAUGAUUGCUGGCCUCAAUGAAAAGUGCUGGUGUUCACUUUUAAAUCUCUGAAUGGCUGCACCAAGGCCACUUGAAGGAGCAGGUCCUCCUGAGUAUUCUUCUUUGGGUCUCACAUUUUGCUGAAGAAUAUUUUUCUUGUCUGAUUAUUUUUUCUUCUGCAGGCAUUUCCGCAGGGUUCUUCUGCAGUCCCUGAACAAAGAUCUACACGAGGAACUCAAUUAUAUCACAGCUAUCAUUGAAGAUCAGCCAAAGAAUUAUCAAGUCUGGUAAUGUCUGGCUCCUUUUUGAUAAGGAAAGUUAUUUCCCUUGAAAGGAAGUGCCCACUUGCUUGGACUUGCCUGUCUUUUCUAAAUUACAAGUGCAGAAUCCUUACAUGGAGACCAUUGUACAUGGCAAGAAUGCUUAAGAUGAGGAGGGUUUUGUUUAUAUGAUGACACGACAUACAUAAUACGUUUUGCAGAAAUGCCAGUAUUGUAAAUGCUUAUAGAAAAACGAAAAGAAAGUAGGAGUGUUUGCAAACAUGCACAAACAGCAACAGAAGGGGGGGACGGGACCCAAAGCAACAUUUCAUUGGCCAUUUUCUGUGUACAGUGGUGCCUCGCAAGACGAAAUUAAUCCGUUCCGCGAGAGUCUUCGUCUAGCGGUUUUUUCGUCUUGCGAAGCAACCCUAUUAGCGGCUUAACGGAUUAGCGCUAUUAGCGGUUUAGCGGCUAUUAAAGGCUUAAAGGCUUAGGGGAUUAGCUGCUAAAAGGCUAUUAAAGGCUUAGCAGAUUAGAUAAAGGGGGGGGAAAGCGAAAAAAAAAUCUCUAGACUCGCAAGACAUUUUCGUCUUGCGAAGCAAGCCCAUAGGAGAAUUCGUCCUGCGAAGCAACUCAAAAACGGAAAACCCUUUCGUCUAGCGGGUUUUCCGUCUUGCGAGGCAUUCGUCUUGCGGGGCACCACUGUAUAACUUGAGAAGAAUUACAGUGGUGUAUGUUAAUAUAUUAUGAGGUAUGUUAAUAUAUUAUAAAGUCAGUUGCAGCAAACCAAAAAGAUUUCGGGGGGGCACACAAACUCACAGUCAUAUAAAUUCAAAAUUCUUUAUAAACAUUCUGAAUGAAAAACAACAAUAAUUUGACGUCCACAUAAAUGCUUUGAGAAGGUGAACAAAAUGUCCUUAUAAACCAAGCUACUAGGUCCAUCAAGAAUUACUAGUCUAUGAAAAUGGUCAAAAGCCUACUUACUAGUUCUUCAUAGCAUAACAAAUAACAUUACCUUUGUAAACUUCCCUGUCUGAUCACCUUUGUGCAGUUUGUGCUCGCCAUAGAUAACUAGGCUGAUGGCUGUUUUCAUGGCUGCCUUUGUCCCUCUUUAUUUGUUCUUGGUUUGAAUAUGGCAGGCUGGCAGAUGCUUUUUGACUGUGUUCUCAGUCUGUUUCCUUUCCCACCCCAGGCUCAGUUUAACACAACAGCCUGCAUUUCUUUUUCCUCAUUUGCUAACGGUCCAACAAUAGCUCAAACCCAGAAGGGCAGCCUAAGCCCAAUGAGGCUUCUUUAGUCCAGCAGUAGAACUGGUAGCUUACACUGUUGCAGCUGCAGCAUCUUCCGGCACUUGACAAAGCAGGGCAGUGCCAAGUGGCUCUUGUAAAGUGCCUGAAAAUCCUUUUGCUAGCAGGAAAGCUGUGGGCAAGAGUCUGUUGGUUUUCCUGAGAUGCCAUGCUAAGACUGCAUGCAUUGGGGUGUUGCAUCUGUGGGUGGGACUCUGUGCCCCAUCUGAUUAAUGGCUAUUAAUACUUUGCACAGAAGACGUGGCAAAUUCAGACACGUACAUCACUUGCAUGCUGGCUGUGGCAUCAAAUGAUGAAAUUGUACAUAUGAAUAAGCUAAGUGGAUUAAUCGCUGCAAGGACAGCUUUCUUUCUGCCUCGUAUAAACUCAAAACACAAUGCUCGUCAGUGGGUGCAACUUGCACUUUCAGCGGGAGAGUUGCCAAGCGGUGUGAUAGAACAUUGCAGCCUUUAAUGAGCUGUCUCGCACUACAAGAUCAGAAACAACCAAAUAUGACGAUGUGCCACUCAUUCAAUUACCAUUCCAUUGAACGUUUUUGUUUUCGAGUGCAAAUGCCCAUUAUCCAUCACUCUUGGCAGGAUUGCAUUUGAAUAAAAACAACAACUAAACAGUAAACAGGCACUGAAGGGAUGCUGGGGUUUUUUAGUUUUGUUUAAAUAAGGAUUUCUUCAUGUUUUAGGCACCACAGACGAGUGUUGGUGGAGUGGCUGAAGGAUCCAUCCCAGGAACUUGAAUUUAUAGCAGACAUUCUUAACCAGGAUGCUAAGAACUACCAUGCAUGGCAACACAGGCAGUGGGUCAUUCAGGUAUUUUGAUGUUGCUCUUAGUAGCAAAAUGCCCACUGAGAUUUGGGGUGGGGACCUUGUACAUUGCAAGGAGCCCUGGGGAAUGCCACUGGGAGUGAAAUCCCUUCACCGAUCACUAUGGUGGGUAGAAGGCAGAUUUUGCCCCCUCUAUUUCCCAAAUCUACUUCCUUCUUCUAGCAUUUCUCCUUUAUUGUUGUGCUUUUAGGAAUUUAAACUGUGGGAUGAUGAACUAGAGUAUGUGGAACAGCUCCUGAAAGACGAUGUCAGAAACAAUUCUGUCUGGAACCAAAGAUACUUUGUCAUUUCAAACACAACUGGUUAUAACGACCCUGCUGUUUUAGAGAGAGAAGUCCAGUAAGUAAAAUAAAUACUCAACUUCAUUUGUGGCCAUUUACACUUGUCACAGGCAGAAGGAUACAUCAGAGAUGCUUGCUUAUAUAUCCUUGCAUGGUUUUUCUUUUGUUUUAGUAUAUUGGGUUUUACCAUUAGAUAAGGUAGCCUCUGCCAACCUGAUGCCUCCUGAUGUUUGGGACUAGAACUCCCAUCAGCCCCAACCAGCACAGCAGAGUUUGAGAGUUGUAGUCCUCAAACUUUGGAAGGCAUCAGCUUGGUGAAAGAUGAGCUAAGGACAUCAAAACUCAUGCCCUUGGAUUAUUUUUGCCUUGUGAAUAAAAAUUUCUAUAGUAUUAUCUUGAGGUAUCCCCCACUAUUUUCUUUUUUAAAAAAGAAUCUGUAGAACAUCUUUUCCUUGGUAGGAAAUUUGUUUAUUGGAGAGAAGACAUUUUUAGUUGUGUUCAGCUAAGUCAUACUUAGAGUAGACUCACUGAAAUUAAUGAGCCUGCUAGUCCAGUGGGUUUACUCUGAGUAGGACUGGUGUUGAAUACCACCUACUCUAUGUUGAAUGCCGUUUACUCUCUGCUAUUUGGGGGGGAAAUGAGUACGUUGAUAUGCAUAAAAUAUGACUCCAUAUUUCCUCUCUUCUUUAUCAAAUACUCUGCUUUUCUUUUUCAGGUUUACCCUAGAAAUGAUCAAGAUGGUGCCCCAUAAUGAAAGUGCUUGGAACUAUUUGAAAGGGUGAGAUAAAUUUGUUAGCGGCUUUGGCUAUUCUGAAGUGCAGAAUAUGCUAGCGUUUGUUAUUAUUUUAUUUAUUACAUUUUUAUACCACCUUUAUCUUCCAAUGAUCUCAAGGUGGUGUUCAUGGUUCUCCUCUUCCCCAUUUCAUCCUCACAACAAUUAUGUGAUGUAGGCUAGGCUAAGAGAUGGUGACUGGCCCAAGCUCACCCAGUGAGUCCAACACUCUAACCCAGGGGUUAGCAAACUUUUUCAGCAGAGGGCCGGUCCACUCUCCCUCAGACCUUGGGGGUGGACGGCGGACUAUAUUUUGAAAAUAAAAAUAAAAAUGAAUUAUAUGCCCCACAAAUAACCCAGAGAUGCAUUUUUAAAUAAAAGGACACAUUCCACUCAUGUAAAAACACGGUGAUGGGCCGGAUUUAGAAGGCGAUUGGGCCGGAUCCAGCCUUUGGGCCUUAGUUUGCCUACCCAUGCUCUAACCAUUAUGCCACAUUGGCUUGCUGUACUAAUAGCAGGCCCAGGGUUCAGCUUCCUGAAAAUUUUUGCUUUCAUUUUUAAAAUACGUUUCCGGCCUUUCACUGCAGAGGUAUUUGUGAAAGUACGUGGGCGGUACCUAUUGCAGCCAAUGCAGUUGUGGAAUACGAUUUCCUACGGUUGGUAAUGGAGCUCCAAGUGCAUUCCUUUGCCGCCAUGACUAGCAAACCCAGAAAGAAAUUGUGCAAAAGAAGACCGAAAACGUAAAUCUAUUCAGUUUGCCUACUUGUUAUAAGAUGCAGAACCUAUGCUUUUUUUUCAUUUGUUUUUGAUUGCGUAACUUCCAUAUUUUUAGCACGGUGUACAUGGAGCCCUGGAUAUUUUGUAAUUCCAGAGGCUGUAAGAAGGAGUUACUCCAAAUGAUUUUCUGCUCCCAGUUUUGGCAGGGGUAGCAAACUGUAACACAAGUAGAGGAUGACUGAGUUGCAAAACGGCGUGGAGUGCAGACACAAAAUGGCUUGCAGAAGGGCUGUGUCCUCCAUGCAGGUUUGAUAGAGGGGUGGAAGUUCUUCAAGUGCUUUGGGUGCUAUUGCAUGUGCGGAGUGAUAUUGAUCAGCUUCGGGUACCAGAAAUAGACUGUCACUACCCAGCUCUGGAGACUUUGUGUUUAAGAUCAGAAAAGAAAAUGUCAGGUGAUACAUGGCCUUAAGAGUCCCAUUGUAGAGGAAGCACAUAAAUCAUAAAAUCAUGUAAUUUUUCGAGCUGCCCCUACUAUUCAGGGAUAGAAGUUGUGAAGAACUGUUGUUGUUGCAUAUUCUGUACAUGGUGGGUGGGUGUCUUACAUAAUGUAAAUGGCUUACAUAAACAUAUUUAUAUUGAUGUAAGCCAUUUUAUUGCAUAGAGCAAAGUGGUUUGCAAUCAACAUAAUCUUCUUCUUUUUAUAAGGCUACAAAAAAUAGAACGAGACCAGGAACCACAGGUCCAAAAGAGCCUAUAGCCUUGUUUUGUUUUGUUUUUAAAAAUAUUUUUUAUUAGCUAUUUUCUUGGUUUACAAAAGUACGUGCAAUGUCUCUUUUUUCAGGUUGUAAAGUCUUUUCUGCAGAUCAGUUUUGUUUUGAGACAUUAGUGUUGUGUACAGUAUAAGGUUGGGGAAGAAGAGAGGGAGGAGAGGAGGGGUGGUGAAACUUAUAUUCUGUUAUAUAGUGUACGUGUGGGGUUUUGUGUCAGCAUCAACUGAGCAGGUUCUCCUUCUGCCUUGUUGAAUUAAAGUUGUACCUGGUGCCCAGAUGACAUCUGGGAGGAUGCCAGUCAGAUUGCACAUGCCAUGGAGUUCCAGAUGUUGUUGGACUCCAGGUCUCCCAACCCCAGCCUGUAUAACCUGUGGUCUGAGAUGAUGGAAGGUAGGGUCCAACAAUGUCUGUGGAGCCACAGGUUCUCCAGCCAUAGUGCAGACUUUAGUGCUGAGCAAAUUGCCGAAUCCUGCUUGGUCUGUUGAGGUGCUUUCCUGGGCCUUGUUUCGUUUUCCAGGACUUUAUCAGCUGUGCACGUUCCCUCUUGCACUUAGCUCAUUGCCAUAUUUCAGGGGCAGGGGGAUCUUGCCGCUUGUCCUCUAAAUAAAGGUAAAGGGACCCCUGACCAUUAGGUCCAGUCGUGGCUGACUCUGGGGUUGCGGCGCUCAUCUCGCUUUACUGGCCAAGGGAGCCGGCGUACAGCUUCUGGGUCAUGUGGCCAGCAUGACUAAGCCGCUUCUGGCGAACCAGAGCAGCACACGGAAACGCCAUUUACCUUCCCGCUGGAGCGGUACCUAUUUAUCUACUUGCACUUUGACGUGCUUUCGAACUACUAGGUUGGCAGGAGCAGGGACCAAGCAACGGGAGCUCACCCCGUCGCGGGGAUUCAAACCGCCAACCUUCUGAUGAUUGGCAAGUCCUAGGCUCUGUGGUUUAACCCACAGCGCCACCCGCGUCCCUCUGAAUACCUGGCACUGAUUCAUGAUACUGGUUGAGAUGGGUUGUAGGUUAAUGAUACCUGACACUAUUUGUAGUUGCUUGCUUGCUUAUCAUUUUAUAUAGGCCAUAGGAGAUUUCCACGUUCUGUAGGAAGCGUCAGAUUGGUAAAUGUACAGCAAAUGGUGUGGUGACCGCAUGCAAAUGAAGUGUGGCAUUCACAGCUGCAUUUUAUUUCAGGAUCCUGCAGGAUCGUGGCCUUUCGAAACAUCCAAACCUCUUAGGACAGCUACUGGAAUUGCAGCCAAGUCAUAGUUCCCCCUACCUGAUUGCUUUUUUGGUGGACAUAUAUGAAGAUAUGCUGGAAAAUGAGUGUGAAAACAAGGAAGAAACUCUCAGCAAAGCAUUAGAGGUUAGUUUUUAAAAGUUGUUCAGCCUCUGUGUUACCCUUUUAAUAGACUAGUUGCAAUAAGCAGAUGGGGAACUCAAUCUUUUCUCCAGUCUUCUGUAGAAUUUAAUCUCACCUGUGGAUAAAUAGUCUGUCAAAUUUAGUGAAAGGAUAGUGAUUUUUAAAUUGACAUAAUUGCAGAAUGUUAUCCAUUUUUGCAGAAUUGAAAAUUGGACAGAAAUGGCACAGACCACUUUUCUGCCAUGCACUGCAGUCUGGAAGUUAUAAUUCUGAGGAAAAUACUUGUUUAAGAUGCAGUAUUAAUAUGCUGUAUAACUGCUGUCACAAUUACUUUUAUGAGUGCUGAUUAUCAGAUUGCUAUUUAAUGCCAGCUACAAAGGAAAUGUAAAAAUUAAAGGGGUUUUACUUUUUAUGUAACUAUUUUGCCUCUUUCCAUAUAUGCUGUUCUGUACAGCAGCUGACUCCCAUUUCAUCCCUAAAAUAUGCGCUCAGAACUUCUGACUUAUUGUUAAGGGCUUUCAGCCAGCUGCUACCAGUCAACACAUGAGGGACAGGAUUUGCCUUUCUGUCUAGAUUCAGCACUAUUUAUUAUUAUUAUUUUGGUUAGAAAGAACCGUGGUUUUUUUUAAAAAAAGGCUUGGUUAUAACCUGUGGUACAUUGAGAAAUGCAGUCUUCGGUUGACAAAAAAACUAGACUGGAAGGGUUGGAAAGCUGUAUUUUAGUGUCCAUUAAGAGAAUUAGGCUUGUAUUUUAUCCUGCCAUGUAGGAGAGAGAGAGAACUUUGUGUAUUUCAUUUGCUUUGCCAAAUCUUAAAAGCCAGGCUGAGCUGCCAGAUUAUCUGGAUAGAGUAUUUUGCUUUGAGAAAAGGAAAGUCUUUUUUUACAUGCUGAUAAAGCCCUCUACCAACUUCCUUUGCACUCCAAAAGAUGCCUUUUAAUUAUUAUACUAUUAUUACCAUAUUGUAUAAACAGUGAAAGGACAGAUCCAUACCCAGUGGUGCUUACACUUUAGAAAUAGAGAAAAGGGAAGCAACAGAAGUUUAGGAAAACUGAAACUGGUAGGGGAAUACAGUAAUGUGAAUGAAUACUCCAGUUGUACAUUAUUCCACUUCAUUGCUGGUGUGUAUGGGGCUUGGGGAAAAUGCUAAAGGUUGUAUUCAGAAUUAGGUGACAAAAUAGUGAACUGACCCGCUUCAAUCUACAAGAGAUGGGAUGAGGUAUAUAUAAAUGUAAUAUCUUGCUGCAUAUACUAAGCCUUCUCCUUUCUUUUGGAAAUAACAAUUGAUUUGCCAUUUCAGGACGUUGUCACUGGUACUCUGUGUGUGAUGUUCCCAAAGGAACAUGAAUUACUGUUAACUAUUUUCUUUCUAAGCAAAAUAAAUGCCCACAUACAAUCUACCCCAUAAAACAAUUUGUUUUUCUCGUUGGGAGUAAGUUUGCACCCUGGUCAGUGUUAUAUUUUAAGGUGUAAAGAUACCCUAAAUAUGUUUCCUUUGUGUUGCCCUGCUGACUGUCAUUUCAUCACUUCGGCUAAAUUUCUGUUCUUUGCUGUACCUUAAGAUUUAUUUAUUUCUGCUAGAAAAGAAUUCUAAAUCAGUUAGCGUGGAGUGGGUUGGAAAUUGGAAGAUUGUUGGGUAUUUACUACUGGAGAAUCAAUAGUGAAUUCAAUUACUUGUCUCUCUAGAAUAUUUCAAAAUAAAUAUCACUGGUGAAUACCACACAUAACUUUCAGGCUUUCUAAGGGCACUGAUGAGUAUUCCCCAGGAAAACAACAGCAGAGGAUUCCAUCCUUUUUGGGUCAAAAAAUAUUAUAGAAACUUUUAUAAAUAAAAUCAUUGGCUUAAAAACAAUCCCUGUAGAAUUAGUAUCAAUAAAUCUUGGUUAGGUUAGGAUUCCACUGCUGAAAAAUAGAAAAUAGUUCUGGCGGGGGCUGAUGGGAGUUGGAGUCCAAAACAUCUGGAGGGUUACCAGGUUGUGGCACGCUGGGCAAGAUUAAACCCAUAGUUUGACUUGGCAGAAUGUGGCUUCAGAUCCAUGCACCUGCUAACCCAGCAGAGUUCUUCCAGUUCCACUAUCCAGUGUUGUCUUCUGGUCUGUUGCAGGUUUCCAGAGCAGGGAACUGCCUUUCUGCUUAUAUUGGCAAAACACCAUGAGCCUUUGGGGUGCUAUAUAAUAAACAAAAUGGCGGGUAUAAACCAUGCAAACUGUUCAAACUUGUAAUUCUCCUUUCUGUAGCUAUGUGAAAUCCUGGCUAAAGAAAAAGACAUAAUCCGGAAGGAAUACUGGAGAUACAUUGGACGGUCCCUUAAGAGCAAACACAGCCCAAGUGAGGAGCAGAAUGUGCCAACUUACGAUGAUCCGCAGUAACUCCAUGUUAAAGCAGGAAAGAAUAUGACAUUCGGCUCUGGGUGAACUACAAGAACUUUAAGAGUGGAGAUAGCUAGGCAGGCAAUUAAACAGAGUGAUGUUCUCCACCCCUUCCCAAAAUAUGUUGCAACUCUACAUUACUACAGAGGUAUUGCUUCUAAUCUCACCAGGAGUGUAAGGCACUCUCCAUAACAUACUGACCCCUGGUUACUGCUGCUGUACAGAUUAACUGUGGGGGUGGUCCAAAGCACUGUGCAUUUUAAAAAACACUUAGCAAUUACUUGAAUUGUACCAAAUAAAGGAAUUGUUUUCUUCAUUUUAUGUGAAUAAUGCUGUACUAGUGAUUUUAAUGCCCUAAAUUGGUUCCCAGUCUUGGCCUCCACAGAGUGGCCCCUGUUCUCAUAAAGCAAGUGCAUGUAAGAUUCUGAAAGUAUUUGAGUUGGAUUGCAGAGUCCUCGUUUACAGUGGAUUUAUGGAGUAACUUAAUUUCAGUUACUUGAAAGGAAUGAAGUUGUAUAUCUGAGCAGCUAUGCAACACUGACGUGUGUUUUCAUUGUAUCCAACUAAUGCCAUCAAUAAUUUGUAUUAAAAGAUAUAGAACUUGUACAAGGACUUGAUGUGUGUUUUGAGAUUUGGAUUUUCUUUAAAAAGAAAGAAAGAAAUGGUGUCCCAUACAAAGUGGGAAUGGCGAUGCUGUUGUGAACUCACUGCUAGUUUUGCAGUGCAGGGAAAAUGCCUGAUCUUGCCACCUCGGCAGCCAGCCUUGCAACAAACCCAUUCUAUAUAGGACAGUACAGUCAAACCUCAGCUCCUGAAUGGCUCCAUUUUCGAACGUUUCAGCUCCCAAACGCUGAAAACCUUUGAACGUUUUUCGGAAGCCGAACAUCUGACGCAGCUUCCGCUUGAGUGCAGGAAGCUCUAGCAACCAAUCAGAAGCCGCUCCUUGGUUGUCUAACAUUUCGGAAGCCGAACGGGCUUCCAGAACGGAUUACGUUCGACAACCCAGGUUUAACUGUACUCGGUAAAGACCUGAGCCAUUGUUUACAAAGCUUGUGUGUUCUCUUCAAUAAUCAGGUCACAAUUUUUUUAAAAAAUGCCUUAGGCAAGGCAAUAUCUUUUAGCCUCAAUAUUCCAUUUGUAAUAUGGAAUGAUAUUACUGAUUUAAUUUGCAGAGUUCUAAACAUCAUGACGUGACACUAAAGAAUGAUAAAAAUGCUAAGUAUUCCUUUCCCUAGAGUGCUUCUAUUCAUCACAGACAAUAUAGUUAUUUUCAUUGUAUGAAGCUACAGUGGUGCCCCGCAAGACGAAUGCCUCGCAAGACGGAAAAACCGCUAGACGAAAGGGUUUUCCGUUUUGAAGUUGCUUCGCAGGACGAAUUCCCCUAUGGGCUUGCUUCGCAAGACGAAAAUGUCUUGCGAUUCUUGAGAUUUUUUUUUCGCUUUUCCCCCCCUUUAUCUAAUCUGCUAAGCCUUUAAUAGCCUUUAAUAGCCUUUUAGCAGCUAAUCCCCUAAGCCUUUAAGCCUUUAAUAGCCGCUAAACAGCUGAUAGCGCUAAUAGCGCUAAUCCGUCAAUGGGCUUGCUUCGCAAGACGAAAAAACCGCUAGACGAAGACUCUUGCGGAACGGAUUAAUUUCGUCUUGCGAGGCACCACUGUAUUAUUAUUUCUUACAUUUAUAUACCACUGUUCAUCUGAGGAUCACAGAAGCUAAACCAAGAACAAUUCUGGAUUAUUGCACCUCAAACCCAAUAUGAGUUCGCAAACCGUGAUUCUCUUUCUGGGGCAAAAUCAACAUUUUCUUUUGCUGGGACUAUCUCUAGUGUGCAUGGGGCUUCCCCUCCAUUUAAUCUUAAUAAUAUCCUAGAGCUGGAUAUUUCUGUGCAAUCUACCUUCCAAACAUCCUAACGGAAGCAUCUUGCCACUUAAGUUAAUGAAACCAUGGGGCGUAAGAAUGUUUCACUCCAGCAUGUGGAAUUUGAGAGUACUUUCAGCUUCUAAUACAGUACUCAUAUAUUUUGUCUUCCCAAAUAGCCAUGGCAACGGAGCCAUAAAGCUGCCCUUCGUAAAAAUGGCUAGCCACUUUCCUAUAUUCUUUCUUUGAGGCCAUGCUGUCACUAGCAAAGAUGGCCACUUUUUUUGUUGCUUCCAAGAGGACCAGAUCAAAAAAUGUCCUGAGAGAAGAGUGUCACAAUUUGGUUAGGGGAAACUGGGUAGAAAAUCACUGGAGGGAAAGAGGAGGCAGUGAAAUGCAGGAAAGGAACAACAACAACAAGUUCUGUGGCAUCUUAAUGACUAAAUCUUAUUGUGGCUGAAACAAAAUAAAAAAAAAAUCCUUCCAGUAGCACCUUAGAGACCAACUAAGUUUGUUAUUGGUAUGAGCUUUUGUGUGCAUGCAUACAGUAUGCAUAAUACAGUAGUCCACAAAAGUUUAUGCACUGCUAUAAUAAAUUUGUUAGCUCUAAGACACCAUAAGUCUUUCUUUGGUUUUUAUUGCAAGACACUAACACACAGCCACCCCACUAAAAAAAGAGAUAGGCAUUGGAAAGGAUACGGGAAAUGGGCAAUAGGUCUUCAGAGGUGUGAAGAAAAAUGAGUGAGGUUGAUGAAAAGUUUGGGGUAAUCAGGGACAAUGAGAAUCAAAGCAUGGCGCUAAAAAUAUGGAAAUUUAGCCUAUUGGAAUUAUUUAUAAAUAAAUCAAAAUAUACCUUGUGCCUCAGCCCUUGAAGGGCCUGCCAAGACGUUCGUGACAUGGGCAGUCACAGACACACAGUGACACCAGCAGCCUCCAAGUAGGAUGGGGGGGAUGGAAGGUGGUGGGUGCCCUCGUGUGCAAAGGUAUACCUAGGGAUUGGUUAGGUUGGCCCCUACCAAAGGUGCAGGUCCAGGGGGUUGCAAAAAUGGUGCCUCUUACUCUGGUUUGGAGUGCCUAGGAGCCCGCCCGCCCAUCCAAGCACUCCGUGAACUGCUUUGCCUCGUUGGGUGGCUAACAUCUUGCCAAGCGCCCAAGGGAGCCUAAAUACGCCUCCGUCAUGUGUCAAUAUAUAAGCUUGUUUUUUAAAAAAACAACAACUACCUAUUUAUUUUGAGCGGUUGAUGUGCGCUAUUAAAACAGAAGUACUGUAUCAUUGUUGCCUCCCCCCCAUAUUAAUCUUACAUAAAAUCUUUGUUUAUGUAGGAUUGAUAUUACCUUAAUAGUUUGUGUUCUAUAGGGCUCACAUACAUUAUUUUGUAAUAAACAGUGGCAAAUAAAAAAAUGGGGCAAUACAAAAAUGGAGAUUGCUAUGGCAAAAAGAUCAAUACAGUCGUACCUUGGAAGUCGAACGGAAUCCGUUCCAGAAGUCUGUUCGACUUCCAAAAUGUUUGAAAACCAAAGCUCGGCUUCCAAAAAUAGUUCGCAAACUGGAACACUCACUUCCGGGUUUGCUGAGCCAAAAUGUUCGAGAACUAAGCUGUUCGAAAACCAAGGUACAACUGUACAUAGCACAGCAAAGUUUGCACCAUUGUAAUGAUUUCAAUUCCCCCCACAAAUGUACACUGGCAAUUAAAGAAAUUCAACAU